AUGGACGGAAAAAGCUCUAGCAACACUGCCGGAAAGCCUAUCAGGUGCCGAGCUGCGAUUGCUAGGAAACCACGGGAACCGCUGGUGAUCGAGGAAGUGAUAGUGGCUGCACCAAAACCUCGCGAAGUUCGAAUCAAAAUCAUAUGCACAUCGCUUUGCCAUAGUGAUAUUAACAACUGGAAAUUGGAGCGUCCUCCUGCAAUUUUCCCCAGAAUACUCGGUCAUGAAGCAAUUGGGGUUGUAGAGAGUGUUGGUGAAGGAGUACAUGAAGUUGUUGAAGGAGACACCGUGAUCCCAAUGUUUUUGCCGGAUUGUGGUGAAUGUGCAGAUUGUUUGUCCAAAAAAAGCAACCUCUGUUCAAAAUAUCCUUUCCAUUGUACUCCAUGGGUGGGUAGAGAUGAAACAAGCAGAUUCACAGACAUGAAUGGAGAAACUUUAUACCAUUUCUUGCAUGUAUCAAGUUUUACUGAGUACACAGUGGUUGAAGUUGCUCGUGUAAUCAAAGUUGAUCCAGCAAUCCCAGCAAACAGAGCCUGCCUCUUUAGUUGUGGAGUAUCAACUGGGGUAGGUGCUGCUUGGAAAGCAGCAAAUGUGGAAAUUGGAAGUACAGUUGCUAUAUUUGGACUGGGUGCAAUUGGGCUAGCUGUUGCUGAGGGAGCAAGGCUAUGUGGAGCUAAAAGGAUCAUUGGUGUUGAUGUGAACCAAGAUAAAUUUGAAAUAGGAAAGAAAUUUGGAGUUACUGAUUUUGUGAACCCACGUAUCAUUGGGGACAAAACUGUCAGCCAGCAAGUGAUAAUUGAGAUGACUGAUGGAGGUGCAGAUUAUUGCUUUGAAUGUGUUGGUUUGACUUCAUUAGUGCAUGAAGCUUAUGUUGCUUCUAGAAAGGGAUGGGGGAAAACGGUUAUGCUGGGAGUUGACCAACCGGAGGCAAUGUUGACUUUAAGUUCUUUUGAGGUACUUCACACUGGAAAAUCAAUCAUGGGUUCUCUUUUUGGAGGUCUAAAACCAAAAUCUGAUAUCCCUGUUCUCAUAAAACGCUGCAUGGAUAAGGAACUACAACUUGACUUAUUUGUGACACAUGAGGUUGAGUUUGAAGACAUCAACAAGGCUUUUGAUUUGCUUCUUGAAGGGAAGAGCUUAAGUAUAUCCAUCCAUAUCGCCACCAUCUUCAUAAAAAUACUGGAGAAGACGAACCAGAUCUUCAGCUCCAUCAUCGUCGUUGCCACCACCACUGGAGAAGAAGAAAACCUUAAGCUCGUCACCACUACCAGAUCUGCAAACGCGACACUCGGGUCUGAAAACGAGGUCCUUAGAUCUGAAAGUCAUCAUCUCCUUGAGCUCGUCUCUGCUAAAAGAGAAGACCUACCAGUCGGCGACGUUAGGGCUUGCUUUAACAGGAGGAGCUCGUCAUCUGAGGAGGAGAUCGGAAACCCACGCACUCGAUCUGAUUUUCUCUUCUUCAAGGUGUUCAUCCUAAAAUCAUUCAUCAGAUUUGAGUUUGUGUGUGUGGAGAAGAAGGAGAUGGUGGAGGUUACCGGAAAAAUCAAUUUACAGGGAAAGGAGGUGAAGGACACGGUGGUAGUGGCAGACGGUAGUUGA